GGGGCUGUUUUCUCCCUCUCAGUUGGCCGCGAUUCAGCGUCGGGUGUAUGUCCCGCUCGUCGCGGUUCGACCGACGCGAAAACACGGCGAUUGUCACGAGCAACGUUUGUCUUCUUCGUCAAAAAUCCCGCUCCCUCCCCUUGCGUAUUCUUGUGACAGUAAAUCACAGUGCGUCGACGUCUGAAUAAUCGAAUAUCGGCGAGUUCGCGUUCUUAUCCCAAAACUAAUAUCGUUGGUGCGGCUCGUUUCGAGUAUAAUCGUAGAGAAGUGUGCGAGAGUCGAAGGAGACAGUGUUAGCGCAGUUAGUAUCUAAGAGGGAAGUGUAAGAGAAACGGGAUAGGGGUUUCUAUUCGAUCAGAGAAUCGUAGGACGUUUAGAUCGGUGUGAUACGUGGUGCCGGAUCUACGUAUCCUUAUACUCUGGGUCGUUAUCGGAUGUUUUAAAUUCGUUGGAUCGGUGAUUUAACUAGAUGGAUAAGUCACGAAUGUCACGGAUAAUUGGGAGAGUUUGACUGAUCCCGAGAUAGCCAAGGCAGCCCUCGAGGGAUCCCAAUCGGUUAGGAUGCGACGAGAGCCGAUCGGGGUAUAAAUAAGAAGCAGAACGGGCCAGUUAUUUCCAUCGUGACGCACAGUCGCGGCUACUAUCUGUGUGUUCCGGGGUAUACGCGGUGGCGAAAGAUUGAUUGCGUUAAAGAGGAACUAGCGCGCGAUCGCUUGACUCGUUUGCCAACCCGUUCCGAUCCGCUGCUCUCCUAGAGCGCUCGAAUGGGAACGUGCAUUUCGGCCAGCGAAAUAAUUUUCAAUUUCGUCUGUUCGUCACGCGGAUUAACCCCGUCGAUCCGAUCAAUAAUCGUAACGCCGUUCGAUUAAUUUUUCCUUCGUCUAAAUACAGUUCUGCUUGCUGGUGAAUCUUUCUUUAAAUCCUCUGCAUUCUAUCGAGUUGUCUAACCGAACCGAGGAAAUCAAUGAACAUCAGCCAGCUUCCUUCGUAUCAAUCUCAACCUGUCCACGAUGAAGUCUCUGCCUAUCGUCGUCUAUCAUCGAGCUCGAUAAAAUCGAGUUUGCCGAGCUGCCACGGGACCUAAGACAACAUGAACGGAACAGGGUCAGGGCUAUGGGAAUGUUGAACUGGUGGAAGCGGAAUAUCCCGGUGGAAACUCGAGGCACAGCCGAGCUGCAAGCCCGAGGAGAGGAUGAGACGUCUGGAGGAAGAGGCCACAUCGAACAAUCGAUCGCAGCUUCGACGAUAAUUGCUAAAGCCGAUGCAGCAGUCUCCUCCACGGUUGAACGGUUGCUUCUCUACCGGAGGAUCCUCCGGGUCUGAAAGGAAAAUCCGAGCCGAAUUGCCAACGACAGAUGGGAGCCGCGGCCCAGGUGACCCAGAUGCGCACGCGACACGAAUUCUAGGGAAAAAACGACAAUAAUGAGGAGACCAGACAUUAACUGCAACCUCGACAAUAAACACGUAAGACUGACGCGGGUCGAUUAGCAGGCGGGAGUAGAAGGAAAGCGAAGGAAACGGGGAGGGAAAAUAGAGAAGAAAGGAAGAGGACGUGGCGUGCCGUGGAUAAGAAACGUCGUAUAUUUUCGUGAUCCAUUUUCGACAAGAGAAGACACAGCGCGGAUGCGCCAGGGAUUAGAGAAGAAAGAAGAUGUAGAGAAACGUUUCUGCGAGCAUCUUGCCAAACUUCUGUAGAAGCUUCUAAUUCAGAAAAAGUACAACGCAAGAGGAACCAUAGAAGCCAAGAGAUGUCUUUGAAUCACAGAUAUUACGUAACGACUGUGCCGGACGAGGGCGAGAACAGUUUUAAAAUGCCCAGAGCUUCUGUGGUACACAUGACUUCGACGGCGACCAGACCGCAGCACAUGUCGCAGGUGUUGGCCACCCUAGCGCUGUCUAUGGGAACACUGUCCUCGGGCCUGGCAAAGGGUUACACCUCACCAGCCUUGGACUCCAUUCUGGACAACCAACCACCUCACCUUUAUCAAACAUCAAACAACGACACUGGGUCGGCUUUCUCGGUGACGCAACAAGAAGCCUCGUGGGUAGCGUCGUUGUCGAUGCUGGGCGCAUGGUUCGGUGCUAUGAUCGGCGAUUGGAUAAUGAGGAGGGGUCGUAGAUUGGCGCUCCGUGUCACGUCUUUGCCUCUGGCCGCCGUAUGGAUCCUUACGGGCAUCGCACCCUGCUUGGAAUUGGUAUACGCCACGAGCUUCAUCGGGGGCCUUUGCUGCUGCAUGAUCGUUAUGGUAGCUCAGGUAUACAUAUCAGAAAUCUCGAUGCCGGGAAUCAGGGGCUGUCUAUCGGCGAUGCUGAAGGUGGUCGGUAACGUUGGCGUGUUAUUGUCGUACAUCGCGGGCACGUACCUGAACUGGCGACAGAGCGCACUGCUGGUAGCCAUAGCGCCGUCGAUGCUCUUUCUAGGUACUUUCUUUAUACCCGAGACGCCAUCGUACCUCGUUCUGAAUGGCAAAGACGACGAAGCUGCCAAGAGCUUGCAAUGGCUGCGCGGUGAUCAGGUCGACAUACGUCACGAACUGCAGGUGAUCAAAACGAAUAUCCUGGCGUCACGAGCGAAGCAGUACGAGCAGACGCUCAAGAACAGCAUGUUCACACCUGAGCUGUACAAGCCAAUCGCCAUCACGUGCGGGUUAAUGUUCUUCCAGCGAUUUUCUGGCGCGAACGCGUUCAAUUAUUACGCGGUGAUUAUAUUCCGUCAGACUCUGGGCGGCAUGAAUCCUCACGGCGCGACCAUUGCAAUUGGCUUUGUGCAAUUAUUGGCUUCUAUGUUAUCAGGAUUCCUGAUCGACAUCGUGGGUAGGCUACCGCUGCUGAUUGCCAGUACCGUGUUCAUGUCGUUGGCGUUAGCAGGUUUCGGCAGUUAUGCCUAUUACAUGUCGCAGACGCAAAAUCUGGGCUAUCCGGACACGGCGGUGGUCGGUCAGCACGACUGGAUACCGUUGCUCUGCGUGCUCGUCUUCACGACCGCUCUAGCUUUGGGCAUAUCGCCAAUUUCGUGGUUAUUGAUUGGCGAGCUCUUUCCCCUGCAGUAUCGUGGCCUCGGCUCCAGCAUCAGCAUGAGCUUCAACUACUUCUGCGCGUUCGUCGGCAUUAAGCUCUUCAUGGAUUUUCAGCAGACGUUUGGUCUACACGGAGCAUUCUGGUUCUACGCAGCAGUCGCGGUAUGCGGACUAUGUUUCGUAGUAUGCUGCGUGCCCGAGACCAAAGGGAAACAACUGGAUGAGAUGAAUCCAGACUACGCACAGACACGGUAGUAUAAGGCCUCGUUAACGGGGGGUUUGUCGAACCUGGAGAAAUCCAACAAACCCCUACCAGGAGGAGCUUAUCCGAAUCAACACGAUCCGAGAGAGCUGUAUAAUGCGAAUCCAGCUACGGAUAUUCCAACGACGUCUUUCCACACACCGAACUACAGGAGUAAUCAUCGGAAACUAUCCGAUUAUUGCAACAUCUUCACCGAGAAAACUAACAGAAUCGGUAGAAACGUGGGAAGUUUCAUGCAGUCCCGUGGAUUCUUCACGGCGCGUCGUUCCACCGACGAAAGUUCGCGCAGCAACGCGACCACAACGCAUAGAAGCAACGGAGACGUGAUCCGAAACGAUUAUCGAUUCCCCGAUCGGCUGAACGAACGACCUCAAGUACUCGAGGAGAAUCAGCAUCGUUAUGGUCGGAACGGACGAAAUCGCCGAGAUAGAUGUGCCUACCCAAAGGACGUAUAUCCAACGGAUACGUAUCCAGAAGAAAGAAGCAUCGAUUCGAAUUACGUAAAUCGCGACAUGGAGAUGCAGCCUCGACGAGUUAGGCAUCGCGAUUACACGGCUGCGUACGAGGACAACAGCUGGAGGGACGUCUCGUGUGAUUUAAACGGGUCUAAGCCGAUCCUGAGGAACGGCAUUAGUCACGGAAGGGGCGAGAGGCUUUACAGCUCGACUUUGCCCAGACGAAGUAGAACCAUCAAUUUCAGAGAUCAGCCGGUCAAUUCCCUCGAAUCGCGGCGUAGCUACCCGAGAAGCUUGCAGGACCUCUCGGACCUCGAGCUGGACGAUAGAAUACGAGAUUCAGGCGAUUCGUCUCUUGUAUCGUCCAACAGGGAAUGGAGAAACGACAGUCUGCUGGACGAUGGUUACAGACGUCGAAGAUAUCGGGAGGACCAACUCGAAGAUGAUUAUUUGAGACUCUACAGAAGUUUGUCCAGGCUGAACAGAUAUCCGCAGGGUGGCAAGUACGAGCCCGGCCAGGUACACUACGAGAGAGAAUGCAGGACAUUCGGCAAGGACACGGUUGCUUUCAUUUAUUACAAAACGUGCUACUUGUGAUGCACGAAGAAACGCAAUAGGGUUGACGAUAGUAAUCGAUCAAAGCGUUCUUCAUCGAUGGAUCAUCGUCUACCCGAUAUUCUUAAUUGUUCGUUGAUAACGAGGAAGCUUGGUGACCUGAUUUUCACGAUGCUCGUUCUUCCGAUGUAUUUUUUCGAUUAAGCUUUCGAUUGACGCGAAUUGGAAUCGUGAUGUUCUCGCGACGUUUAGAAUAUAUUUAAGUAUUAGAAGAUUUUCUUUCCACGACGAACCACCGAGAGUCUCUAAUAACAGAGAUAAUUGUUUAUUUGCUAUAUCGAAGGGUAUUGAAACGACUUGAUUUUUAUCACAGCAAGAUCUCAUUAGCGACGACGUUAGAUUAUUGAGUUCCUUGAUCGAUUUGAUACGAGCUUUUUUCCGUUGACCAGACGAUAGAAAUGAAUAUGAAUGUAAUAUUUCAUGAUUCAUCAGCUGGCGUAUAAGAUUGGUCAGAAACGCGUACAUUCGAUCGAACGAACGCGACGAGUCUCCCUUUCUAAUCAUCUUCGAAUACUUGACGUGUAAAACAUUCUAAAAGACUUGUAUCGAGUAAUCAAAAAGGAUACAAUUUAUAUGAACGUAGAAUAGAGGUUAACGAUUAAUAGCGGGUAACUUGUUAGAAAUUGAUGAACGCAUCGAGACGUUCGAGUGUUAAUUUCUCCUCCCUCUGACCAGUUUUAUGCUCACUUUCGAUAUUAUAAAUCGUAAAAUGAAGGAAUAAGAUCUGUUUUCAAACGACACGACUGAAUUACAUAAAUUCGUAUUAGAUAACCAUCUUCGUGAUUUGCCUUGUGAAACGUUGAACGAUAUUUUGACCAAGAAGCGCAUUAAAUUAGCAUACGUUAUUUUCCGUAACUAUCGAAACUACGUAGAACGAAUAUUUGCGGAUUACACGCACCCGAAAAGAAAGAUGGAUCUCGUCGAAACAAUACAAAAAAAAAAAAAAAAAAAAAAAAGAA